GGUAAAUCUGUCGCCCCAGUCAGUGAGGCAGCGAAGGGCGAGCCGCGCACCAUUGACCGUGUCCGUGCUUCUUUUUUCGUCUCGUCUAGCCGCGACUCCGCCGUUACUGCCUUUCUCGUUCUCGCUGCCCCUACCCUCCCCCUCGCCCCUUUCUCUUGUUCCUCUUUUUCGUUUAUGUCCACGUUUCUUCUUUUAUAGGGCGAGUGCACACGGACACGGUGCCGCGCACCGGAUUAUUUACCGUUCAAUUGUCGCGUUUUUCCGUGUACAGCCGCGAGAACGCCUUCAGUGUCCCCCUUCGGUGCGCGUGAAUGAAGGACGACGAAGGAAGGCGGCGUGGCUCCCUUCACGCUCGUUACCACUCGAUUCAUCCAGUGUUCUCCACCUUUCACCUGGCUCGCGUGUCCUUUCCGCAUUCGCCCAAGUGACUUACCGAUACCUCCUCGGCCAACCUAAUUACCCACGUAUUCUGUUAUUCGUUCUGUUACGUGUACGACAGGAGAAUUUCAAGAUCGGAAGAUCGUUCGAGAUUGUUCGAGACGAUCGGGGCGAUCUGUUGCACGUAUCGGUGGAAAAUGUGAAGCGGGAGGGAUGCUGAUAGUCGAAGGAACACGGUUGGUGCAGACCGGUGAACGGAGUGCAGACUUUAUGAGAUCGUUGCACGAGCUUUGCAAGCUAUUACCGAGAUCGGCAAAUCGGAAGAUCGAGUAAGCGAAUCGCGCGAUCAGCCUGGAUAGUAUAAUUAAAGCGGAGAAAAGCGGAGUGAACGGGGCAAGGUCUGCGGAGGAACUGGAGGAACCGCGUUGCGCGUAGCCGACGGCUGCAAGGCUGCUCUUCCUCAUGGAUCCCAUCGUGCUAGAGAGUAACGGGAGCGAACUCGGUGCAGAUCAGCAGCAGCAACAGCAGCAACAGCCCCAUCAACAACAGCAGCAGCAACAGUACGGCGAGGUGAACCAAUUAGGGGGUGUGUUCGUAAAUGGCCGACCCUUGCCAAAUGCGGUCAGGUUGCGAAUAGUGGAGCUUGCACAGCUGGGCAUCAGGCCGUGCGACAUCUCGCGGCAGCUGCGAGUCAGCCAUGGUUGUGUCAGCAAGAUCUUGGCCCGGUACCACGAGACAGGCAGCAUACUGCCUGGCGCGAUCGGUGGCAGCAAACCCCGUGUCACCACCCCGAAGGUGGUGCAGUAUAUCAAACAAUUGAAACUGAAGGAUCCUGGUAUCUUCGCUUGGGAGAUCAGGGAUCGUUUAUUGUCGGAUGGCGUGUGCGACAAAUACAACGUGCCAUCGGUGAGCAGCAUCUCGAGGAUAUUGAGGAACAAGGUCGGCGCGGCGACCGCGAUUCAUCAUCAUCCCCAUCAUCCGGCGCAUCAUCACCAUCAUCAUCAUUUGUACGCGGCCGCGGCCGCGGCUGGAGCCGCCCUUUGUCCUGUCCCGUAUCCGCCGACGCCUUAUCACGCAACGCCGCCGCCCGCUGUAACGCAUCAUCACCAUCAUCAUCAUCAUCAAGUUGGGCCGACGACGCCGGGCAAGCUGUCACCGUCUUCCCCGACCGCUAUUCAUCCCGGUGUCGGCCAUCAGACGGCUACUUCCGUCGGUCUACAGUGGCCGAGUUCUCACACGGUUCACGACAUCCUCGCCACCGGCUGCAACUUGAUCAAUUCGCAGUCGUCUCCAUCGCCGACGUCGCCAUUGUGCGCUACGGUGAACAAUAAUCAUCACCACGGUCACCAUCAUCAUCAUCAUCAGAGCAACGACAACGCUGCCAGCAACAAUAACAACGAGGAAACCAGCGGUUACCAUCAUCCGCACCACCAUCACCAUCAUCAGCAGUAUUACGCGUCGGCUCUGUACCAUCAUCAUCAUCACCAUUCGGACACCGUGACCCCCGUGGCAACCACGUCACCGGUUCUCACUGUACAGUCGAUCAUGAUGCAGUCGUCGGCGACGAACAGUCAACCAGCUAGUCCCUGUAAUUGAAACGAUCGUGACGUUAGAUAGGAUUUUAUCGGAUAGUAAACGCGAGUGGUGGAAAGACUAAGUAACUGGAUCGUGGUAUAAGACAUAUACAUAGUGGUUGCAUAUGUAUCCAUGAGUUAAUAAUCGAUAUGUAAUUAAGGAAAAGGACGAUCGAAACGACGAAAGUAAGUGAUUGUAAGUGAGAAUAAAGACAAGAAACAUAGGAAUAGAGAAAGAGAUAUGAAUAAGUACCUAAUGGGGUGUGGCUGGCAAGAACGGUAUAUCAUCUCACCAGUAUUAUAUAUUUUUAUCGUCAUUUGCCAAGAGUGCCUUCCUUCGAGUGCCAUAAAGAAAAUUGUACGUUCGUUAUAAUUCGUGAAACGGACUGUGAGAGAAGACGAUCGAGAUUGUCGCAACUUUUGAAAAAAGGAUUUGCACGUUACUCGUGGAACCUGCGAAUACUGUUUUAAUCGUUUACCUUGUUUUAUUUUUUCUUUUUUUUUUUGUAUGUUUGUUCAAACUUUGCGUAGAUUUAAUGAUAUAAUCGUUAAGGAAAGAUGAUCGUUUAUUCCCAGCGAAGCGAGAUUUACGAGCGAGACGUUCGAAAAAAGCUCCCCCGAUAAAUUGGGAGGAUGUUGUCGAUAUUAUUUAACUGAUAAACAUGUACGAUCGUGUCACGAUUGUGCGAUUAUAGUCCUCUGCCAUGCUUUUUUAUGGAAUGCAACUUUUGUCAUUGGGAAAUAUAUAUUUUCCGUCAAGUUAAACAACUAGCUUACGUACUUCUUUUCCUUC